AAAUAUACAGAUUCGGUGGCAGUAAAAAUAGCCAUCCCUAAUAAUCGACUACCAUUCUUCAACACUCCCCUCUCUCUCGCGCACACUCUCCCCCCCCUUUCUCUCUCGACUAAAACCCUAGCUGCCUAUUCUCAAUUGCCAUGAACUGCUCAAUCUCCGGCGAAGUACCGGACGAACCAGUUGUUUCCAAGUCUGGACUUCUUUUCGAGAAGAGAUUAAUCGAGUGCCACAUCUCCGAUUACGGAAAAUGUCCGGUUACCGGGGAGACCCUCACUAUGGAAGACCUUGUUCCAAUAAAAACUUCCAAGAUUGUAAAGCCAAGACCAGUACAGGCUGCAAGCAUUCCUGGGAUGCUAGGGAUGUUCCAGAUUGAAUGGGACGGUCUCAUGUUAUCAAAUUUUGCAUUGGAGAAACAACUGCAUACAGCAAGGGAAGAGCUUAGUCAUGCCCUUUAUCAGCAUGAUGCUGCUUGCCGUGUAAUUGCUAGACUAAAGAAAGAACGAGAUGAAGCAAGGUCACUCUUAGCACAGGCAGAAAGACAGAUACCCAUGUCUACAUUUACGGCAGUACCAGAAAAUGGUUCUACUUUAAGCAACGGGAAAAGAGCCUCCGAGGAUGAGGAAUUGGGUCCUGAUGGGAAGAAAUUGCGGCCAGGAAUUUCUUCCAAAAUUAUUGAGGAGCUAACUGAUUGCAAUGCAGCACUUUCACAGCAACGUAAAAGGCGCCAGAUUUCUUCAUCAUUAGCUCUUGUGGAUGCUGUGGAGCGGUACACCCAACUCUAUAGUUAUCCUCUUCACAGAACUAACAAACCAGGGAUCUUAUCUGUGGACAUUCAUAAUUCAAAGGAUAUCAUUGCCACUGGUGGUGUCGAUACAAAUGCUGUAUUAUUUGAUAGAACUUCAGGGGAGAUCCUAUCUACACUCAGUGGUCACUCGAAAAAGGUGACAAGUGUAAGAUUUGUAGCUGAUGGUGAACUUGUAGUUACUGGCUCUGCUGAUAAGACAGUCCGCGUAUGGCAAGGGUCAGAUAGUGGAAAUUAUGAUUGUCGACACGUUUUAAAGGAUCAUACAGCAGAGGUGCAAGCUGUCACUGUCCAUGCAACCAACAACUACUUUGUGACAGCUUCUCUUGAUAGUACAUGGUGCUUUUACGAUAUUGCUUCUGGUGCAUGUCUAGCACAGGUUUCGGAUACUACUAACUCUGAUGGCUAUACAUCUGCCGCUUUCCAUCCUGAUGGUCUCAUCCUUGGAACAGGCACCUCUGGGGCUGUUGUUAAGAUCUGGGAUGUAAAAAGCCAAGCCAAUGUUGCGAGAUUUGAUGGCCACAUUGGGGCUGUAAAUGCUAUAUCUUUUUCAGAAAACGGUUACUUUCUUGCGACUGCUGCUCAAGACGGUGUUAAACUGUGGGAUCUCCGCAAAUUAAAGAAUUUCAGAACAUUUUCACCUUAUGAUGAAGAUACACCCACACAAUCAGUGGACUUUGAUCACAGUGGAAGCUACCUUGCUAUUGGAGGCUCAGAUAUCAGAGUAUACCAAGUUGCCAACGUGAAAUCUGAAUGGAAUUGUAUAAAAGUAUUACCUGAUUUGUCCGGCACAGGCAAAGUCUCUUCUGUAAAAUUUGGUCCAGAUGCAAAAUAUUUAGCAGUUGGGUCGAUGGAUAGAAACCUUCGGAUUUUCGGGUUGCCUGGGGAAGAUAGUGUAAUGGAGUCAUAAGCAGGGAUGCAUCAAAUUCAGGCGUAGGAUCAAUCUUUUGUAGCAAGUCCUACAUUGUCUAGUUCUUGUUACAGUAUCAUUGUACCGUGUGAGCUGCUGAAGAGGUAAUAGUUGACGGCAGAUUUUCCUGUAUUUAAUAGACGCAGAGCAUCUGCUUCAAAAAGAAUUAGCUCGUGCCCAAAUCUGGGAAGUUAAUUUUGAAACUGAGAAAAAUGUCAUCUUUACAUUACAAUGUUAUUUCGCUUUGAACUGAAAUAUUGGGUAUUUCAAAGUCCUCUCUUUCCAAUGUGAACGCAACUAAUAUUAGGAUAUCCUAGAUUAUAAAAUUAGGUUUGGUCAUUAACUCCUUUUGUGAUCAAAUGGGCAAGGCUUAUCUGAUAUACAGAAUUUGUAAUGUGAAGUGAUGCUAGUUAUCCCGACUUUUUAUAAAGCAAAUUUUUAUGAGAGCUCUAA